UGCAAACUUAAACGCGCUCACUUCGUCGUUUCAGCACAGAAUAAACCUGGACGUUGCUGUUGUCAGCUCGAGCCAAUUUAGCGACACGACGCUGACAUGUCGCCAUCCUUGACGCAAGAGUUCCUUUGGAACGUUCUCAGAUGGGAAGUAAGCUGGUCAGCGAUCGCAGUGUGGUCGACCAUAGCCAGUGUACUAUUUGGCCUUAAAAGCCUUGUGAGCAAGAGAAGAGACAAAAAAAGCGAGCGUCUUCCGCCCGGUCCGAGUGGCGUGCCGUUGCUCGGCUAUCUCCCAUUCGUGUGGAAACCGUAUCACGUCGCCUUUAAAGAGAUGAGCGACCACUACGGGCCAAUUUUCAGGGUCCGCCUUGGCUGUAGAGACGUGGUUGUGUUGAAUGACGUCGCUUCCGUUCGGGAAGGACUCAACAAUCCCGACAUUUUCUACAGACCCGAAGACUUUGUAUUUCGGUAUCUCGACACGAAAGGAAUCGGAGGUUUGAACGGAGAAAUAUGGCAAGUGAACCGAAGGUACUGUUUCCAGGUGCUCAGAAACUUGGGUUUUGCCAAGAAACCCAUGGAGAAGCACAUUCAAGAGGAGAUUCAGGGCUUCACCACCCUAUUGGAAUUCAGCAAGGCAAAGCCAGUGAAAGUGGCGCAGCAGCUCACUGCCAGUGUGGCUAAUAACAUGACGGCCCUGCUGUUCGGCGAACGCUGCGACCCCCGCGAGCCACGGGGUCGCUUGGUCGCGGAACUGCUCACCAUGUUCCUGCAGAACGCCAACUUCUUCACAUUCAACGACUUCCUGCCAGUAGUCCGCUUCUUCGCUGUGUACAUCCCGAAAACAAGGCUCCGCAUUGUCAACUACGUUUUCACAGAGUUUAAAAAACUUGUCAGGGCUGAAGUCAAGAACAGGGAACAAAUCAUGGAUCAAUAUAAGGACAAAGACUUUAUAGAUGGUUAUUUGAGAAAGGUCCAAGAAAACAAGGGCAUCAAUUCCCACUUCAGCUUGGCAAUUCUGGAAGCGACUGCGAUCAACUUCUACAGCGCUUCGACCAACACAGUGAGGAGUGCCAUCUUGUGGAACCUGUACAUCGCGGCCAGUGACCCAGAUGGUCAUCAGGCGCGCAUACACAGGGAGAUUGAUUCUGCUGUGGGCAAGCUGCGGGCGCCUCAGUGGGACGACCGGCUGCGCAUGCCAUUCACCAUGGCCUCAAUACUGGAGAUGCUGCGUUGGAGGACAAUAUCACCCAUCGGCAUAAACAGGGCGGCUGCAAGAAACACAGUAAUUUGUGGUUACGAUGUGCCUGCUGGUACUAUAGUGGUAGCCAACUUCUGGAGUCUUCACAAUGACCCAGUCAACUGGCACUGUCCAUCCAAGUAUGAUCCAACGCGAUUUCUCAAUGCCGAUGGCACAGAAGUAAAAGAGAAACCAAUAGCCUUUCUACCGUUCAGUACAGGAAAACGAGGGUGCCCGGGCGAGACUCUUGCCUUGAUGGAAAUCUUUCUCUACCUGACUACAGUGCUUCAGAAAUUUAGGGUACUUCCCGAAGAAGGCAAAAGCAUUUUGCUGGACGAAUUUGACGCUCUAUUAACCGUAAUCGAUGAUACUCAAGGGCUGCGUUUCAUAUUACGAUGAAAACCAUGACGUAACCUUCUGCUUGCCUCCAAGGCUAUAGCCCGGACAAAUCUUGACAUUUUGACAAACCAAGAUGAGCGUGGACAAGUAAGACACCGGCAGCGUUUUUACAAAGGAUAAAUUAAUAGUGCUACAGAUCGUCAGGAGAUUUGAGGACGUGCGUGUAAGCGGCGCGCUGCAGUAAAGAACAUACGACUUCGGCCUUUUGCUUUUGUUUAAACGUGCUUCAAAUAAUUUCCUAUAGAAAAAAAGAGCCUUUGGCGUAGCCUCUUUCGGUAAGCCUCGUGUGCCUGUGAAAAGGCUCGCAUAUAGAUAUCCCUGCCAGGAUAGAAGACGUUCUAGCGUUCAGCAAUGCUGGCAAUAACCAGUUGGCGCUCUCCCUUUUAGUGCGCCUAUUUACUACUACGUUGGUUCCGCUAGAGAGCACAAACAGACGAAACAGAAAAAUUGGUGCUUUAAGACGUGUGUCAUUGGCAUGAAGAAAACAUAAAUAAUGUUUCCUGGAUUCAUCAGAAGCUGUGUAAUAUUACUCACAGACCUGAACUUCGCGAGAUGAAGUCUGUCCCGGCUAUUGAGAACCAAAAGGAAGUGUUAUUGGAAAUGCGAGCGAGGGCAUUGAUUUUAUCUACACUUACGCAUACUGCUGAAUAAGCGUUUCUGAACCUGAUGGCACGCUGAGGCCCUAUAAAUUGCACCACAAUGUCAUUGGUUUAAAUGGGUUGCGUGGGGUCGAACACUGACCCCGCAUUAUGACCUUGAAUAAUGUUUUGCAAGUGUGUCUGCUCCUGGGCUAGUUGGUGAUACAUUCUUCGCAACAGUGUUGCAACAUAUCAUGACGCUCCGCUAUGCAUAUGAUGACGAUGAUGAUGACACCUCACACGAGUCUUCUAUAACUGCGCUCUCAAUCGUUUUGACGGUAAUUCAGUGAUGGUUUCUACCGGACUCCUAAAAAAUUACUAUUAUAAUUAGACGCUUUGUCUAUAGUGCAAAUGGUGCUGUGGCAAUUCGCCCUGCCGAGUGCGCUCUCCUCUGCUGGGGGACUUACGUGCCGAGCAGAAGUGCGAAUCUGCAUAUUCCUCCGCACAAA